AUGCGCACUUUACGUACAGCCUUGCGCUCUGCUCGCCGUCUGCUGUUUCGCACGGUGGCCGGAGUGAUCAGCAUGUGUGCGGGGGUGAGCGCCAUGCGGGAUCCGCGCUCCCUGUUCAGGCUCCCAAGUGUGCCGGGGACUGAGCCUGGGAAGACUAACGACGUGCUGGUCAGCCUGCCCCGGACCGGAGCUCAGAGGCCGCAUCAUGUGCUCUAUUUCCCGGGAGACGUGCAGAAUUACAGAGAAACCAUGGCGGAUCACCCGGACAAUUUUCAGUGGAAGUGCUGGAGCCUGGAAGAUAUUUCCCAUAUCCUUUCUGAACGGUUCCCCUCCAGCUAUAUCUGGAUAAUAAAGCCGUCUCGCAUGCACCUCCACAAGUUCAGCUGCUAUGACCACUUUGUGUCCAGUAAUAUGUUUGGCGCGCCGAAGCACAACACGGAACUGGGAGCUUUCAAGCAACUUUAUUCAUUGCUUGUGAAUGCUUUCACUAUGGCUCAAAACCUACUUCUCUCAGAAAGUAAUAAGUAUAUCAUUAACAGAGACUACAGUCAAUUGGGGUAUUCUACCAAUGGUUGCCACCCUGAGGAAGGGGACAUCUCUAGUUUCUCCAAGGAUCCUACAGUUCACCUUGGCCUGCCAUCUGUAAAGGGUUCUCUGUCCUUCACCCUGAUCGGGUUUAGCAAAGGCUGCGUCGUAUUGAAUCAACUGCUUCAUGAAAUGCAGGAAGCCAAAAAAGAUAUAGAGAUCAGUUCUUUUCUCGCCAACAUCGAGUCCAUGUAUUGGCUUGAUGGCGGCCAUUCUGGAGGCAGCAACACGUGGAUAACCUGCCCAGACAUAUUAAAGGUAUUUGCCCAAACAGGGAUUGCAGUUCACACUCAUGUCACUCCGUAUCAGGUCAGCGACUCCAUGCGUUUCUGGAUUGGGGAGGAACACAAGAAGUUUACGGAACUUCUUAAAGUUUAUAACGUUAUGGUUGAUAGUCAGUUACAUUUUGCCUUUGAAGCUCCUUCGUUGGAGAACCAUUUCCGAGUACAUGGAGUUUUUUGAAAGUAUCUGUGAGGAGUGGAGGCCAAUGAUAGGUGUGCUCCCAGCAAUGUGAUCACAAGUACUACUUCAUGUCCCUGUGUUUCUAUGAUGUACAGGGAACUCUAUUCACUCUAUGCAGUAAAUGAGCAAUGUCUACGUGCUGCAUGCAUCAUUGGUCACUUAACUAGUGGACUAAACACGUGGAGUCCUUUACAGUCCUUAUGAACACUGAAGCUAAAGCUGUAAACAUCACCAAAAUAUAUUGUCCUAGGAACACAGACCUAAUUGUUUGGUGAAAAUUUCAGUUUUUUUUCCUGUUGCUGUAAAAAAAAAAAAAAGGUAAUGUCAUAGGGUUGGCUAUUCUAAGCGUUUUUCAAUUUCAUUACUGGUAUACUUAGUUAAAGGGGUACUCCAGCCCUAAUACAUCUUUUUCUCUAUCCAAAGGAUAGGGGAUAAGAUGUAAGAUCGCGGGGGUCCCGCUGCUGGCAUUGAGGGGAGCGGGGUGUGACGAGACAUCACACGGGGGCGGAGUCAUGAUGUCACGAUACUCCAGCCCAGUGGUAGUCACGCUGCACACCUGGAGCCUCCAGCACUGUGGAGAUCUCGCAAAGGUGGGUGCUGAUUGACAGAUUGCGGGGGUCCCCAGCGGCGGGACCCCUGUAAUCAGACAUCUUAUCCCCUAUCCUUUGGAUAGAGGAUAAGAUGUAUUAAGGCUGGAGUACCCCUUUUAAAGUGCUUCUCUGGAGAGCAUAAAAGGUCCUGUUCUGCUACCCCCACUUAUGUUCUCCUUCUGAACAUUUUGUGAUAUGCCUUCUGAGAUAAGAAAAGGUGGGAGCCAGUCACUAUCAUCAUGGUAUGGUGUGCAGGAUGUCUCCACAACCAUGGUUCUCCCUUUUAAAUUAUGGAAGGAGCGUUGACAGCCAGGCUGCUUAAAGGUGGCUGUACACUUUGUAGCCAUAUUUGCGAAUGAACUGGUGUCUGAAAUUUUAUACAGAUUUAUAAAUUAUUUCUGUUAAAGAAGUUCUUCUAGUACUUAUCAUAUGCUGGAUGUUCUAGUGGAAGUUAUGUAGCUCUUUCCAGUCUGAACACAGUGCUCUCUGCUGCCACCUUUGUCCGUGUCAGGAACUAACCUUAGCAUGAGCGGUUCGCUAUUGGGAUUUUCUCAUGCUCUGAACAGUUCCCGACACAGACAGAGGUGGCAGCAGAGAGCACUGGUCAGACUGAAAAGAACUACACAACUUUUUCCUCUGGAGCAUACAGCAGCUGAUAAGUACUGGAAGGAUUAAGAUUUUUAAUAGAAGUAAUUUACAAAUCUGUUUAACUUUCUGGCACCAUUUACUUUGAAAUACUUUUUCCCAAUGGAGUACCCUUUUAAAUGGGUGUUCCUAUCUCCUAAUUUUGGCUUUCUGGCCUGUUUACUGUCCUGGAGUUAGAUAAAACAAUGUAGCUCUGCACAGCUCCCAUCAAAGUCAAUAGAAGUUACGAAAAUUGUGUAACUUUUCCGCUUUGGGUGCUUUUGUCUUCCCGACCACCUCCUGGUCACCCCCUGCUCAUCUCUUCAGCCUGCUUCUGAUAUGAGAGGACGAGCAGGACCUGCCCACACAGUCGGUCACGGGCCACAGCAGUGUCCUGUCUUUGCCAUUUAUUGGCUGAGCGGGCAGGUCCUUUCUGACAUCUUGCAGCAUGGGACCAGGAGAUGCCACAACUGGAGAUGCAGUGUUCCUUUAAAUCAUUAUAGAACAAUUUUUGCAUAGUAACCAGGUACAUUAUCCUGCUGAUAAAGAGCAUUGCCAUUGGAGAAUACCAGUGCCAAGAAGGCAUGUAUAUGUUCUGUAACAAUGUUUAGGUAUGGAGUACAUGUCAAAGUAACAUCUACAUGGAUGCCAUACUUGUUUCCCAAGUAUGCCAUAGUCGUUCUUCUGUGGGAUCAGAACAAGGGGCGGGCGCUAACCUUCACUCCUAACAUGCAUCGGUGAGCCUGUUGUCCUUACCUGUCAUUUUGUAGAUGCACGGACCAAAUGGCUUAGCCAUUACACUUUGGCCCUUGUCAAAUUUACUUGACCUGCCGGUAGUUUACAUGUUUUGGCUAAAUUUACAGUAAAUGUGGCCAAACCCGAAAGGGAUGGUUCCACUGUUGAUUUCUUAAAUGGGCACUUUCAGAUGCAAAACCUUUUGAUAUGUUGUAAAGCAUGCAAAACCAAUAGAUUUAGCAAUUGCUUUAAUGAGAACAUUUUCAGUAUUUCAUACUAUACUAUACCAAGACCACUGGUAUAAGAAGUUGUACUCACCUGUCCCCGCCUCUCCGGACUGUCACCGCUGGCCUGGAUGUCGACUUCCAUCGCGGUUGCCGCGUCCCCGGGUGUCCCCGACGCUCUGGCAAGGCCUCUACUUCCACGGCAUCCUCGCUCUUACGUCGCUGCGCACGUCGCUCCUAUUGGAUGACGGGACGGCGUGCGCAGCGACGUGAUGACGACAAUGGAGAGGCCGACGAUGCAGGGGAUCCCGAGGAGGACGCGCCAGAGCCCCGAGGACAGAUAAGGGAUCGUCAGCGGACCACAGGGGGCACCGGAAACGGCUAUAUGGCGGCUGCUGACGCAAUCUGCGCUGCCGGAUAGCCGUUUAUGCGAUGGCCCGACAUAUAAAAGCAUCGUAUGUUGAUGCUACCUUCAACAUGCGAUGGCCUCUGAGAGGCCAUCGCAUUUUGAAAUUAUAGUAGGUCGGG